GCGCAUGCGCAGUGCGUCAUGGAAGCGGGACGCAGGACGGGCUGUGUGACAGUGGGGUUUAUUGGAGAGUGCAUGAACCUGUGGCUAUAACGGAUGUGUGCAGUGCGAAAGCGAUGCGUUAUAACCGAGACAUAAACACUUCAUAACAUAGCGCAGUGCGGAAGGGAGGAGAGCAAAGCAGAAUAAGACAUGUGAGCAGGCAUCAUUCGGAAUAAUAGCGACGCAGGAGAUGUCGGAGGUUGGAUUUGUUUGGGAUUGAGUGUCUGUCUUUUUUUUUUUUUCCCUCCCCCACACUUGUGGUCUUAAUGAGUGUCCAAAGUGAGACGGAGAGGAGCCGCUCUGGAAGUUUGGACGCAGCGCCAUCUUUGGUUCUCCAUCUGCGACCCCGGGCCUGGAUUUAAACACAAACAUCUCAACCACCGGGAUCCGACACACAGGGAUGGAGGAGCUGCAGUCUCUGGACCCUCGCAGACAGGAGCUGCUCGAGGCUCGCUUCAUGGGGGCAGUAAGUGGCAGCACUGGGGGCAGCACAGGCAGCGCCAGCGGAGGAGCCAAGGGCUUGAUCAAUAACGAAUGCUCCAACCACAGCUUUGGCAGUCUGGGAUCAUCAAGUGACAAGGAGUCUGAGAACUCCGAAGUAAAGCGAGGCGGCUCUCCGGCGUAUUCCACGCCCGAGAAGAAGCACUCUGAGACGACCAGGAGGAAGAGAAAAGCCGACAACCAGUCAGAGAGCAACCAAGGGAAGUCUUCCGGCCGAGGAGCAAAGAUCAGCGAUUACUUUGAUUUUCAGGCAGGAAACGGCUCCAGCCCUGUCAGAGGAAUGCCGCCUGGUCUUCGUGCCCCUCACGGCUCUCAUUCAGCCCCCGGAUCCAUCGUGCGACAGAACAGUUCCUCACCCACCAGCCUGUGUUUCACCGAUCACAUGAUGCAGCCAAAGCAGCUCGGGAUCAGAAGUGUACAGACUGAUCUGACUCUGUUAAAGCUCGCUGCCCUUGAGAGCAAUAAGAAUCUGGAUCUGGAGAAAAAGGAGGGCAGAAUAGACGAUCUGCUCAGGGCGAACUGUGACCUGCGGAGACAGAUCGAGGAACAGCAGAAGCUGCUGGAACGGUAUAAAGAGCGGCUAAACAAAUGCACCACCAUGAGCAAAAAACUGCUCAUCGAGAAGAGCACCCAGGAGAAGCAGUCAUGUCGGGAGAAGAGCAUGCAGGAUCGUCUCCGGCUCGGCCACUUCACCACGGUGCGACACGGAGCGUCCUAUACGGAGCAGUGGACCGACGGAUACGCCUUCCAGAACCUGGUCAAGCAGCAGGAGUGGGUGAACCAGCAGAGGGAAGAUAUCGAAAGGCAGCGGAAGCUUCUCGCGAAACGCAAACCUCCGAACACAGCACCGUCUCAGAGCCCGGUGCCUUACAACGAGUCCAAACCCAGAAAGACCAAAGCCGUGAACGGAGCGGACAACGAUCCCUUCGUCAAACCCAGCCUACCUACACUGUUGACAUUAGCGGAGUAUCACGAACAGGAGGAAAUCUUCAAACUCCGAUUGGGCCAUCUGAAAAAGGAGGAAGCGGAGAUACAGGCCGAGCUGGAGCGCUUGGAGCGAGUGAGGAAUCUGCACAUUCGUGAACUCAAGAGGAUCAGUAACGAGGACAGCUCCCAGUUUAAAGAUCACCCAACCCUCAACGACCGGUACCUGCUCCUGCACCUGCUGGGCCGAGGAGGAUUCAGUGAGGUUUAUAAGGCUUUUGACCUGUUUGAGCAGCGUUACGCAGCAGUGAAGAUCCACCAACUCAACAAGAACUGGAGAGAGGAGAAGAAGGAGAACUACCACAAACAUGCAUGUAGAGAAUACCGAAUUCACAAGCAGCUGGACCAUCCCAGGAUAGUCAAACUAUACGACUACUUCUCCCUGGACACGGACACGUUCUGCACGGUGUUGGAGUUCUGCGAGGGGAACGAUCUGGACUUCUAUUUGAAGCAGCACAAGCUGAUGUCCGAGAAAGAAGCUCGUUCCAUCGUCAUGCAGAUCGCCAACGCCCUCCGAUACCUCAACGAGAUCAAACCGCCAAUCAUUCACUACGACCUCAAACCAGGUAACAUCCUGCUGGUGGACGGUACUGCGUGUGGAGAGAUAAAGAUCACCGACUUCGGUCUGUCGAAGAUCAUGGAUGAUGAUAACUACGGUGUGGACGGGAUGGACCUGACUUCGCAGGGAGCAGGGACCUACUGGUACUUACCCCCGGAGUGUUUCGUAGUUGGAAAAGAGCCACCAAAGAUCUCAAAUAAAGUGGACGUCUGGUCUGUAGGCGUCAUCUUCUUCCAGUGUCUCUAUGGACGCAAGCCGUUUGGGCAUAACCAGUCUCAGCAGGACAUCCUCCAGGAGAACACCAUCCUCAAAGCCACUGAAGUCCAGUUCCCUCCUAAACCUGUGGUCAGCAACGAAGCCAAGGCGUUUAUUCGGCGCUGCCUGGCUUACAGGAAGGAGGACCGUUACGACGUCCACCAGCUCUGUAGCGACUCGUACCUGCUCCCUCAUAUCCGGCGAGCCAAUUCGUCUGGAAACCUGCAGGCCAUGCCUACUAGCCCCGCCUCCUCCUCGAUCAUCUCGUACUGAUCUCAUGUUGAUCUGUCUGGCUUGAAAAGUGAUUGACUUUUGUUUUGAGCGAUUGCCCUUGUGUGUAGGUUGGGGGAAAAGUGGGAGGGGUUUACGGGUCAGGACGUGGGCCUAAAGACAAAUGGCUACAGUUGCCAUGGCGAAAGUGCACUUGAUGCGAUGUUGAGCACAGGUGGGAGACUGGUUUAAAAAAAAAAAAAAACUUGAAUACUAAUGUCACAAGGUGGCUGGGUUAGACACGAGUGUACAGGAGGGGUGUGUGUGUGUGUGUGUGUGUUGGGGAGGGCAUUAGACUUCACAUUUUUCUGUUAUUUCUUUGUCGUUUAUCCCUAAUGUGUGUGUGUGUGAGAGAGAGAAACAGAGCAGGUUCAGGAUAAACUUGAUUUCUUCAAAAAGAUAUUUCUAAAUCAACUUUUUUUUAACCAAUCGUUGACCUCUGAUGUCAUCAGCGUGCGCCUCUGAAAGUUCCCACGUUGGAUAUUUUUUUUCCUAUGCUUUUUUUUUUUAACACCGUUUCUGACUUCACACUAUCUAAUGUACACUAUUUUCAAGCUCUUGGUGUCCGAGAGCGCAUCACGAGGGUGUUGAGGCCACUAACUACCCAUAACGCACUGCGUCAUUUUGUUCUGAUGAGCUCACACCUUCCCGGAGGCGCGAUGGAAAAGCCUCUUCGGUUGAAUGCAGGCGGUUUACGAAGUUCAUGGAGAUGGUCUUCGCUGCAGAACCAUAAGUCCAGGGGGCGGAGCCGGAUCUGAUCCAGCUGUUUGGAUGACGUGAUCAUAUACGCCUAAACUCUGAUCUACACAACACACAUUCUGAAACACACUCCACUCCCUGGACGUUUGGCUCGACUCCGCCCAGGUAGGAGGAGCUGAAUCGGGUCCGGCUCCGCCCCACAGACUCUCUGAUUUUAUGCAGCGAGGGGUUUGUAUUUGUUCGCGAGAACUCAUUUCGGUUCCCUUAAUCCCGUCUGUAGCGUCAGGAAGCGUGACUCGGGAGCCAUUUCACACUUUUUUUAAAACGACGCGAAAUUGUUUUACCAUCUCCGCUAGCUCAGGUUAACUUUUCAGUACUUUCAAAUUAAUACUUUUGCUGUUUAAAUGUUAUUCUAUCCACAUUCACUGGAUAUGAGCAAUCGCACGGUCUGAUUGAUUGGCUACUCUACUACUAGGAUAUCAGCUCAUAUCCCGUGAGUAGAGAGAAACAAAAUGGCGGCGCGUGUUGCCGAACCAACCAAGGAUGAAAUAAAAACUACUUGAAAACAAAACUACAAAAAACAAACUAUGGAGGCGGCACGGUGGUGUAGUGGUUAGCGCUGUCGCCUCACAGCAAGAAGGUCCUGGGUUCGAGCCCCGGGGCCGGCGAGGGCCUUUC